AUGCCUUCCACUCCUGAUUCAUUGCUAUCCAAGGUGCAAACGCCAUUGGCCACCGACUCAUCUGCUACUCCUGCCAAGAGCCCAAAGAAGGAAGACCAGCACGAAAAACUUUCACUAUCACCGCUGCUUAAAGUUGAACAAAAUCAUACUGGUAAGGAUACUGAGCAGGGCGACAUCGAAAGCCGCAAUGAGAAAAACAAUCUGAAUGGAACUCAGGGUCCUGUCCAGGGUCAAAGUCUUGAUAAAAGUGAGAACAACCACCAAGAGCAAGUACAUGACCAAAACAAGAAUUCAACACAGAGUCAUAAGGUCGAUGAGAACCUAAAAGAACAGACACAACAAAAACCAGAUUCCAGAAGUGUGUCUCCAAAGGCCAGCCAACAAUGUUCAAACUGUGGCACUACUAAGACACCGCUUUGGCGCCGUGCCCCCGAUGGGACUCUCAUUUGCAAUGCGUGUGGCCUAUAUUUACGAUCGAAUAAUCAUCAUCGGCCUGUCAACUUGAAGCGUCUGCCUAAUACUGUACCUAUUCAUAAGGAACAGGAAGGUUCGUGUAAAGGUGACGGCCGCUGUAACGGCACAGGCGGUGCAGUUGCUUGUAAGGGUUGUCCGGCUUUCAAUAAUAGGGUCGUGAUUAAAAAUGAAGAUAAAUCACGACCCAAAUCUUCGUCACCAAAAGAAGGCGAAAGUCCCAAAGAAGAUGAAAACUUGGCCAUAGCUUGUUUCAAUUGCUCCAGUACCAUAACCCCGCUUUGGCGCCGUGAUGACGCCGGAAACACAAUUUGCAAUGCAUGCGGUCUAUAUUACCGGCUUCAUGGUAGCCACCGCCCAAUCAAGAUGAAGCGCAAUACCAUCAAACGACGCAAGCGUAACCUCAAUGUGCGUAGCGACACUGAAGCCAAAUCAGAAGGUAAGUCUUCACCACUGCCGUCCUCCCUGGUACUGACCAGCCUGCUUCCAGCUACGUCAUGCUUUCCUCCUUAUUCUGGAUCUGGCCGUGUACCGAACGGCCCUGGACCACUACCUGGGCCUCCACCGCGGCUUUUCCAACCAAUGUACUACGUCCAGCCAACAGCUCAAUUUGCGCCACAUGUCGGUCAGCAAACUGUUCAGUUUAAUCAGCACCCUCAACGGAAUGUGCUUCCUGGACAAAAUUCGCCAUCUCUUCAGAACGAGCUACCGAUUCCAACACAGCUUCCGCCAGUGCAGCCAUAUGUUCCCCACGUACAGCAGUCGCCGGAAGCUUACACAUCAUCCGCGCGAGGAACUGCAAUCAAAUUGCCGUCUAUAAAUGUAACGCCUAUCAAAGAAACUGACGGCUCGCUGGACGGUCGACACUUGGCUGUGGACUUCACAAAAUACUUUGGAUCCAGCGAAAAGAAGCAUCCCAUGUCCAUAGGCGGGCUCUUGAAUGAGAAAUGA